AUGAAUAACUAUGUACGGCCACCGGAGCCGCAGAAAUUCGGCGAUCCCCCCCAAUACACUGUACCACACCAGUUAUGCGAUUUCUGCAACGUAUCUUAUCCUGAAGACACAUUCAUUAAGCAUCUCAUUGUUGAACAUUCAGAACUUCUCUUUCAUUGUGAACAAUGCGAUAAAUAUCUCAACAGACGUCAGUUUAUAGCACACAUGUCACUCCAUGCGGUGCAGUACACGGACCGAUCGGAACUAGUAAACAAUAUGCGAGGAGAAAAUGACGGAACUCAAAACAAUAAUACUAUUGCCCCAGCUCCUAACCAUGAUGCUGAUGGGGGUGCAGAAACGAGAAUUUGCCAAAGUUUGACUAACACUGAGCACGUGAUGUCUACACGCGAUUCUAGUACUAUUAUAUCAAUAACGAGUAAUCAAAAUGUUAAUAUAACCCCCACUUUAUCUCCGCAAAAUAUAAGCGUUGCUGCACCAAAAACCAAUUACAAUUCCGACGCUAAAGAGACAGUAACAAGAACUAAAAUUUCAAAAACUUCUGUAAAACGUAACAAAUCGCAGCAAAAAACUACUGUUACUACUACGUCUAAUACAGAAACUAAAGGUACAACAGCUGUUGCAGAAAAUAAUAAUAUGAACGAUACACAAGCCACAAAUACUCAUCACAAUGUUGCUGACCCUACUAUCCCACUAAGACAUAAUCAAACUGCAAACAAUGCACUUGCAAUUAGAAAUCAGAAUACCAACACCCAGGCUCCUGUAACGCGCAGUCAAAAUAUUACCCCAGCAACAGCAAAACCAGAUACGACAUCGUUGCCACAAAGUAAUAAAACCACCAAACAUAGUCAAGAAAAUGAAUUUUCCGAUCACAGUGAUAUGGAAUACGGCUUUGGUCCCCUCCCUGAAUCAGUAUUUGAAGCUAUAGAAGACACCCAAGACAGUCAGCAAGCUGAAGAUACAAGUCAAGUAGUAGAUAUUGAAUACCCAGACGAUGACUCUAACUCAGCAACUAAAGACUGUAAUAUCAAAGUACCCUCAUCUAAAAAACCUAGAACGUGCCCCAUCUGUUCCAAAGUUUACAAAGCAUCUUCUAGCUACUUCUAUCACUUAAGACAUACACAUAAGAAAAUUAAAGAGCAUGAAUGCGAAAUCUGUGCAAAUAAAUUUGCGACCAGAGCGAUUCUGGCCUCUCACAUCACGACUCACACCGGAGUAUAUCAAUUUGAGUGUAAUCAUUGCAAAAAGCGCUUCAGAUCCAAAGCUAGUUUGUACAUUCAUGAGCAAACUCAUAUUGGCCUCAAAAACUUUUCUUGUAAACAGUGUAAUACGUCGUUCCGGUGGAGAACUCAAUUGUUAAGACACAUGCAAAGACACUCAGCGGAGAAAUCUCACGUCUGUGCCAUAUGUGGGCGUGGUUUCAGCAUCCGGUGUGAUUUACUGAGACAUACGCGUACGCACACUGCAGGCGACUUUAGUUGUGAAGAAUGUGAUGUUAAGUUCGCUCAGAUGAGGUAUUUAAAAGAACAUAUGAACAAGAAACACUCAAAGACAGUUGUGAAGAAAUAA